AUGAGCAGAAACAGGGCUGAUGUUGUCGACCUGACAACCAGAUCAUCACGGCGAAAUCCUAUCUCUUUAUCCUCCUCCCCGCCUGCCGCCCCGGACCAUGCAACCUCUUCCCGACAUGGACAGUUUACUACUACCCGCGGUGUCAAGCGUCGCCGUAAUUGGAACGAUGAGCAUGACGGCUCCUUCGUAUCCCCUUCGGCUUUCUCCGAAAAUGAGCCCAUCGAAACAAUCGACAUGACCGACGACUCAGGCGCGGCCGCACUCGCUCGAACAGCGGCCAAACAGAGAGAGGAUGCUAUAAAAGCGCAGGCUUCAGCGGAGAGUGAUUCAAACCUUUCCGCUCUACUUUCUUAUAAAUGUCCCAUUUGCAUGGAAACGCCCGUGGACGCAACGAGUACCUCGUGCGGACAUCUCUUUUGUCACAAGUGCAUUAUCGACUGCUUGAAGAUGAGCGAGCAGACACGUGGCGGUGACUCUUCAAAACAACACAAGGGGACCUGCCCAGUGUGCCGCACACCGAUUUCGCGAAAGGAGAUGCCGGGGAAGUCUAAGAAUCUCAUUCCGUUGUUGUUUCUAACAAAAAAGCGAAGUGAUCUUCCCGUAUCUGGCCCAUAG